AUGAAAUUUGUUAAGAUAAUAUGCUAAUCUAAACUUUUCUAAAUUACUGUUUUAAACUCUCUAAGCAUGUAUAUUUAAAUUACUAAAUUGGUUUAUCCCACAAUUCUUCAAGAUUCCCGAUAGUUCAACCCUGUUACAUCAUUCUCUAAUUAUAAUGAGCAGUAUUCCUUAAUAAUAAUAAUAUAAUUAAUGAAUUCAAGUAUAAUUUACCUAUUAGAAAAAAUUUAACACAAUGAUCUUACAGUUUAUCUGUAUAUAUUGCGACUUCCUGUAUAGCCAUUAGAAUAUUAAUAAUUGAUAGAAACGAUAAAGAAAAAUAACAUCAAAGUUAUUUUUUAUUUCGGAAAAUCAUCCUUAGUCCUCAAAAAUUAAAGUGGAAUUAAAUUAUAAUAAGUUACUCAAGAUGAAAAAGUAUUAUAGGACAUGCAAGUAUUUCACUGCAAUAAAAUAGGUUGAGUUAAUUAAUAAGAAGUCGAAUAUUGGAUUAAUGUGUUCUGAGACAUGUGAAACUAGUUUAUAGAUGUAUUUCCAUUAUAUGGUUAAGAUAGAAAAAAAGAAUUUGAGUUAUUUUGAGAAUCAUGUACAAAAAUGAAUAUUGUAGGCUUAAUGGCAUAUUUGUCCAAUUGACUAAUUGAGAUAAUUGUAUGAAGAAAUUCAAAAAUCAGAAAAUAUCAACAUAUUUGAUUAUAAUCUACUGAAAACUAAUUCAAACAUUGGUUCAAAAUUAUCAAACGUUAGCUGUUAGAGUGAGAUCGUAACAAAAGAAUUACCAAGAUAUGAUUAGGACAGAUGUGAAUCUUUUGUUUAAAAUUCCUAAGUAACAAGCCAAAAGUUCAGCAAAAUUUUAACAAUCGAGGACUAAGUAAAAUCAGAAUUUUAUCCUAUUGUAACGCCUCCCUUAUCAAAAAUCGAAAAAGCAGUCGAUCCAGACCCAAAUAAAGUGGAUAUAGCAGUUCCACCUCAGCAUUAACUUAGGUUUGAUGACUAAUAUUAAUUGCCUGGCAGAAUUUCAUUUAUUCAUUUUAUACCUCAAUAUGGAUUUAGAUGUUUGGAGUGA